AUGUCGGUUAAUCCUCCAAUGAGGCCAAACUACUACUCCCGUGCUCCGUAUCCCCAUGAACCAUAUACAGUUCAUGAUAAUUCAAGAAGGGAAAACUUUGGAGGUAGUAGCGUACACCAAGAUUUCGAAACUCCAGGUUCGGGUAGUGAGCCUCAAACUCCUCAACAUGAAAUUAGUGAAGAGGACAACAUCGAAGUGGUCGAAAAAAAUAAUAUGAAAGGGAUGGGCAAAGGUGAAAAAAGACUUAAGUGGAGUCCAAUACAAGAUACAGAUUUGUGCUUUGCUUGGUUAACAACUUCGAAUUAUGGUGUAAAGGGAACUGAUCAAUCGUUCAAUAAUUACUGGGAAAAUAUUGUGGCUUACUACAACCAAUAUAAGAAGGAGGGUCCAGUAAUGACCCUAAAUCAAGCCUCCAAUCAUUGGAAAUUUGGUUAUUUACAUUCUUGGAAAAUUCUUAAAGAGCAACCGAAAUGGCAACAAUUUGCAAAAAAGGAAGAUCGUUCUUCAAAGAGGACAAAGAAUUCUGUCUCUGGUACGUACACUUCAUCAUCCUCAAACCCGGAUGCUAGCGAAAAUGAUAAUGUUGUUGAGGUUAUGGAUGUUAGACCACCAGGUCAAAAGGCAGCUAAAGCAGCAGCAAGAGGUAAGGGAAAUGCAAAGAACAAAAAGACUAAUCCAGAAGCUAUGGAAACCUGGAGCAAGUUUGAAGAGCUACAAGCUAAAAAAAUGUCAUUGUAUGAAGAACGCAUUCGUGUGCAAGAUUUUGAGCUUCUGUGUAAGGACACUUCAAACUUGGACGAAAACGCUCGAAAAAAUCAUGAAUCAGUGUGCCAGUACAUUAGAACUAAGUACGGAAUUUAG